CUACAGAGCUGUGAUGACUAGACUGAGCUCCUAUCUGAGGAAACUGCCUCUAGAGCUGGAGGGGGCUGGGUUAGGGUUAGGGUCAGGGGCUGGAGGUCAAGGGUCAGGGAUUGGAGGUAAUAGCGAGUUGGCCGAGCUGGUUAGUAGUCUCCAUAUGCUGCAGCAAGCUGCUGUCCCCUUCUCACCCAUAUUUGGGAAUGAUCAACCGCCACGGUAUGAGGACGUUGUUCAGAACCCUCCCUUACCCAAGAGCAGGGAUAUACUGCCACCCUCGUCACUCGCUCCAGGCUCUUCUCUCUCUUUGUCCACUAUGCCUGAGACAGCAGGGAGACAUAAGGUUCAGACCAACGGGCUGCAGCACACACACACUCUAUCACACACACACUCUCCCUCACCGCACACACACACGUUGUCUAUUUCUACCCCUCCAUCCCAGGCACACACACCUUCAUCACAAACUCACACUCCGUCAGCGCGCACACACACUCCGUCCAUCUCCCCCAUGGAGGCUCUCUUCAUUGAGGAGGACGCAGACCUGGGAAGGGGGCUGAACAGGGCUUCCAGACACACACACUCACACACCCCGACCAGAAGCCUCACACACACUCACAGUCGGAACGGGACAGCUUUUAGUCCACACACACCCCCCAGCUCCGCGCACACACACCUCAGCCCCAAUCUGUCACACGUACACGUUACACACACACUCCAGUCUGCUGGUGAAGACCUCACCUGCCCCCCAACCUCCGAACACACCCCUCCUGUCACUCAUAGAGACCACGACAUCGACAGGCUUCUGAUGGACUUGGAGUGUCUGUCACAGAGCAUGGGUCGGGAGAGAGACCGAGUCAGAGAGGGAGAGAGAGAAAGAGAGGCGGAGCCCCCUCUCCCCGUUAAGACCAGACAGAGGGGGACAGAACAGGGGAACACCUCCACACAAACGCAACCCUCUCUCCAGACACAAACCCAAAUCAACCCCCAGGCUCAAAGGCCUGUUCCUGUUAGCCACCUAACCGCUAACGCCCAGGCCACUAGGUCGACCCCCAGCUCCCCUGCUCCUCUUCUCCAGGCAGAGGGCAGCGUGGUGGGGCUGGGAGAUGAGGAGGACAGGGCCCUGCUGCUGAGGAUCCUGGAGAGCAUUGAGAGCUUUGCCCAGGAGCUGGUGGACUCUGGGGGUAGUCCUGGGAACACUGGGAAGACUGGGGCUCAGAGCAAAGAGAAUGAGGUGAUGAGACUCCUACAGGACACUCUGGCUACUGCAGCCAAGACUGACACUCUGACGCAGGCCAAACUACCUGGAUCUCCACCCGCUGCGCAAGAUGUAUCCACGCCUGCACCCAGACCUACAUCAGGUGCUGUAUCCACGCCUGCACCCAGACCUACAUCCGGUGCUGUAUCCACCACGCCUGCACCCAGACCUACAUCCGGUGCUGUAUCCACGCCUGCACCCAGACCUACAUCAGGUGCUGUAUCCACGCCUGUACCCAGACCUACAUCCGGUGCUGUAUCCACGCCUGCACCCAAACCUACAUCUGGUGCUGUAUCCACGCCUGCACCCAGACCUACAUCUGGUGCUGUAUCCACGCCUGCACCCAGACCUACAUCUGGUGCUGUAUCCACACCUGCACCCAGACCUACAUCUGGAGCUGUUCCUACAGCUCUACCUGUCUCUUCAGCUCACCCACCUGUCCCUGUUCCUGUCCCUGUCCCCACAACCCUAGCAGAGUCUGUCGCUACAGACCAUGCUACACCUUCUGCCCUACCCACACCUGUUCCACCCCCUACAGUCGUACCCACACCUGUUCCACCCCCUACAGUCGUACCCACACCUUCAGAAGCAGCCGCUAGACGUGAACAUCCUCCUGUAGCUGACCUGACAGCGGUACUUACCACCACGGCCACCCCUCCACCGGCUGUAACACAUGUCCCCUCCCCUGUCCCGCCCCCUACACCCACACCUGGAGAGGCACCUGUCGCUGCUCCUCCUGUUGCCGUGAGACACCCGAUUGCCCCUAGCGAUGUGGUUGCCCUGAGAGACAUCGGCUCGACGCUGCUCAUCCAGCAGACGCCCGAGGUGAUCAGAGUCCAGUCCAACAAGCAAGAUAAGAAAUCUGGCACCCCUCCUCCAGCCCCUCUCUCCCCCACCCCCUCCGUUCCUCCCCCCCACCGCUCCCCCUCUCCUCCCCCCACUCCAGUCGUCCUCCCUCCUCCUCCUCCACCUCCCCCACCUCCCCCUGCCCUCAACAUUCCCCGCUUCUACUACCCUCGAGGGUUACCGGGGGCAACAAAAGUUAACCACGAUGCGGCCAUCACUGCCAUAGAAACAGCCUUCACAGAGUUUGAGGAGGAGAAGGCUGAUAUUUACGAGAUGGGCAAGAUCGCUAAGGCAUGUGGCUGUCCUCUGUACUGGAAGGCAGCCAUGUUUAACGGAGCGGGAGGAGAGAGGACUGGCUUCGUCUCUGUUCACUCCUUCAUCGCUACCUGGAGAAAGUUGUUACAUAGUUGCUAUGACGAUUCGUCUAAGUUUAUCUACCUCCUGGCGAAGCCUGGCUGUUCCUACCUGGACCAGGAGGACUUCAUACCUUUAUUACAGGACAUAGUGGACACCCACCCGGGACUGACGUUCUUGAAGGAUGCCCCAGAAUUCCAUUCCCGUUACAUCACCACCGUGAUUCAGCGGAUAUUCUAUGUGGUCAACCGCUCGUGGACGGGUCGUAUCACCAUGACGGAACUACGCAGGAGCAACUUCCUGCAGACCCUGGCCCUGUUGGAAGAGGAGGAUGAUAUCAACCAGAUAACAGAUUAUUUCUCUUAUGAGCAUUUCUAUGUGAUCUACUGUAAGUUCUGGGAGUUGGACACAGACCACGACCUUUACAUUGACCCGAAGGACCUGGCUCGUUACAACGACCACGCAUCCUCAAGCAGAAUCAUUGAGAGGUUGUUCUCAGGAGCCGUUACACGGGGUAGCUCAGUGCAGAGAGAAGGGAGGAUGAGUUAUGCAGAGUUCAGCUGGUUCCUCAUCUCAGAGGAAGACAAGAAAAGCCCUACAAGUAUAGAGUACUGGUUCAGGUGUAUGGACACAGAUGGGGACGGUGUGUUGUCUAUGUUUGAGUUGGAGUACUUCUAUGAGGAGCAGUGUAGUAGGAUGGAGGGGAUGGGCAUUGAACCCCUACCCUUCACAGACCUGCUCUGUCAGAUGCUAGACCUUGUCAAACCUGAAAGCAAAGGUAAGAUAACCCUGUCUGAUCUGAAGAGGUGUAGGAUGGCUCAUAUAUUCUUCGACACUUUCUUCAACCUGGAGAAAUACCUGGACCACGAGCAGAGAGACCCCUUCGCUUUGCAGAAGGACAUAGACAAUGAGUGUCCAGAGCCUUCAGACUGGGAUAAAUACGCUUCAGAGGAGUAUGAGAUCCUGGUGGCGGAGGAGACAGCUAACGAACAGCUGCAUGAGGGGACGUUUGAUGAUGACUAUGAGGAGGCGGAGCUUCCUGUUCAAGGAGAGAUGGUUGGGAAUAAGAUGGAUAAGCUGCUCAUAUCAGAUCUGUCAGCAUGAAAUUCCCAAAGCCUGGAAUGCCGCUCCCUUCUCCUUGGAUAUACAGGAGACAGGGGAGAGAGGAAGAGGGAUGGACGGGGAGAAAUUGGUAAAAAGCUAAAGCGAUGGAGGACUCCAAACUCUCUCAGCUUCUCCUUUCAUACACAGACAGGGACAGAAGAAAUGGUGAGAAGACAGAGGGAUGGACUGAACGAGAGAGAGGAUGGACAGAAGGAGAGAGAGGAUGGACAGAAGGAGAGAGAGGAUGGACAGAAGGAGAGAGAGGAUGGACAGAACGAGAGAGAGGAUGGACAGAACGAGAGAGAGGAUGGACAGAACGAGAGAGAGGAUGGACAGAAGGAGAGAGAGGAUGGACAGAAGGAGAGAGAGGAUGGACAGAAGGAGAGAGAGGAUGGACAGAACGAGAGAGAGGAUGGACAGAACGAGAGAGAGGAUGGACCGAAGGAGAGACAGGAUGGACUGAACGAGAGAGAGGAUGGUCAGAAGGAGAGAGAGGAUGGACUGAACGAGAGAGAGGAUGGACAGAAGGAGAGAGAGGAUGGACUGAACGAGAGAGAGGAUGGACAGAAGGAGAUAGAGGAUGGACUGAACAAGAGAGAGGAUGGACAGAAGGAGAGAGAGGAUGGACAGAAGGAGAGAGAGGAUGGACAGAACGAGAGAGAGGAUGGACCGAAGGAGAGACAGGAUGGACUGAACGAGAGAGAGGAUGGACAGAAGGAAAGAGAGGAUGGACAGAAGGAGAGAGAGGAUGGACAGAACGAGAGAGAGGAUGGACAGAAGGAGAGAGAGGAUGGACUGAACGAGAGAGAGGAUGGACAUAAGGAGAGAGAGGAUGGACUGAACGAGAGAGAGGAUGGACAGAACGAGAGAGAGGAUGGACAGAAGGAGAGAGAGGAUGGACUGAAUGAGAGAGAGGAUGGACAGAACGAGAGAGAGGAUGGACAGAACGAGAGAGAGGAUGGACUGAACGAGAGAGAGGAUGGAUUGAACGAGAGAGAGGAUGGACUGAACGGAGAGAGAUGAUGGACAGAACGAGAGAGAGGAUGGACAGAACGAGAGAGAGGAUGGACAGAACGAGAGAGAGGAUGGACUGAACUAGAGAGACGAUGGAUUGAACGAGAGAGAGGAUGGACAGAACGAGAGAGAGGAUGGACAGAACGAGAGAGAGGAUGGACUGAAGGAGAGAGAGGAUGGACUGAAUGAGAGAGAGGAUGGACUGAACGAGAGAGAGGAUGGACAGAAGGAUAGAGAGGAUGGACAGAACGAGAGAGAGGAUGGACAGAAGGAGAGAGAUGAUGGACAGAAGGAGAGAGAUGAUGGACAGAAGGAGAGAGAUGAUGGACAGAACGAGAGAGAGGAUGGACAGAACGGGAGAGCUUUCUGGCAGCUGUCCUCUCAGCCCUCUGUAGGAGAGAAAACGUGUUUUCCACUCUUUUAUCUUCAUUGGAGUUUGUGUGUGUGUUGUGUAUGCAUGUGUGUGUGUGUGCGUGUGUUUGUGUCAUCCCAAAGACUGUGUUUGGUGCAAUAAUGUGUCUUAACAUGUUUGUUAUGUAGAAGUAAGAAAGCACAAAUCCAGAUGUGGAGAUACUUCCUGUGUUAUGUUUAUAAUUACUGCCAUAUGGAGAUUUUUCACUGACAAUCAACUACUAGACAAUCAGCUAAUCAAUCAAGUUGUUUUCAAAUGUGUCAAUAAACACACACACGCACGUACACACACACAUGCACGCACGUACACACACACACGCACGCACGCACGCACACACACACACACACACACACACACACACACACACACACACACACACACACACACACACACACACACACACACACACACACACACAGCUCUGUGCAAAACACCGCCAUCUUGUGGUCGCUAGUUAUACUGCUGGCUGCUCUUAGAGACGCGUGACGUUUGGAAAGGCUGUCAGCGUUCUCCGUUUAUAAACCUCAUUUUCAGUGUUCUAUUUCAGAAUGUUACUGUUAAGUAGUGUGAUAAGGCGGGCCAUUGUGUGUUUGAUUCAUUUAGAAUUAGUCAAAUGUUUCAUUCUAUUUAAGAUAAAACGCAUGUACUGUAUAUUCCGUCCGUAUACUUUUCAAAGGAGUUCUCUCAUAGCAGAGGCUGCGUCACAAAUCAACCCCAGUGUACAUAGACUUAGCUGUAACGAACUAACUAUCUCUCUGGUAGAGAUGUUACUGUAAAAAAACAAAAUGGACAUAUGCAGAAGUGACACACACACACACUUGCCAGCCACAAGGCGCACUGUCGACACGUGGAACAGAGCUGUAAAGCUAACAGGCGUUUUCAUGUGUCACCUAAGGGGAUGUUCAAAUAGCAUGACGUGUGUGUGUGUGUGUGUGUGUGUGUGUGUGUGUGUGUGUGUGUGUGUGUGUGUGUGUGUGUGUGCGUGUAUUUGUGGGUUUGUGUGUUUCUUUAAGAGCGACAAUCUGUCCCUAUAUAUCCAUUGUAAAUGUGUAUUUAACUCUACAUAGCGUUGCCAUUGUGUAAAGAUGAUGUAUCUGAUGCUUUGUGUUGCUGUGUGGCUCGACGGGGUUCAGUUAUGUGGCGUGUGACCCAAAUGCACAGUGAUGAUUGGUCGGAGGUCAUAGAGGGUCACACCCACCAGACAAUCGACUGUCAAUCACCUAUCAAUCAGUUUGAUAAUCUGAUUGGGUAAUAAAGGAGCAUCUUGCUGUGACUGGAUUGAGCACACUGGUAGCUCCUCCCUUUAGAGAGACUCGUGCUGCUGUAGAGACACACACACACACACACACACACGUUUAUGAGACACUGCUGUGUCUGACGCUAUGCAAACAAUCUGCUUUUUAGCUGACUGCCCUGGGAACACACACACAUCUGCUCUGUACUCGGUGCAGGGGGCAGGGUGAGAAGCCAUGAUGGAACUGCCUCCGACCGGAGACACUUCUGCCGCAAUGAGGACUUUUACUUUGAAAUGUAUGUCUGUUUUAAACAACUUUUACUUCGAUUUUUUUUUCUCUUAUCUGAUGUUUUACUUCCAGGUUGAUGAGGUUGAUGAGGCUUCAGUAGAUGUUCUUGUGUUCGCAUGGCUUCCUUCUUUCUAUCUUUCCUUGUUUCUUUCCUUUGUUUUCUUUUAAAACUGAAUUGAAAUAAAGACGAUUUAAGGUU